AGAAAUAACUAAAAGAAAUAACAAAGCCAAAGUACCAAAAGCCAACAACAGCAAACUGAAAGUGUAAGCAAAAAAAGCAGAACCAAACCACAAAAAGAUGGAUGAUCAAGAGGAAGACAAUCCCUCACCAUUUUGGCUCCAAAACACCAGUCCCCGCCACUGCCUCCGCCGCCGCGACUCCUUUUCUUUAAUAUUCAAUUCCGGUUUCAUUCUCAUCUUCUUAUUAGCCAUUGCGUUUCUUCUUAUCUUCGUUAUCGUUCCUUCCUUUCUCUCCUUUACUGCUAAGAUUGUUAAACCGCAUUUGGUCAAGAGAAGUUGGGAUUCAUUGAAUCUAGUUCUAGUACUUUUUGCGAUUGUCUGUGCGUUUCUCAGCAAAACCAGUAACAGCAACACCAGCAGCGGCAGCGGCAGAACCAAUGAUAACCAUUUUGCAGCUUCAAGUUCAAGUUCAAGUUAUUAUGGAGAUCGGAACAUCUAUAGCCAAACCAAAAACGAGGCUCAGAAAUCGAAUCCAUCAACGCCACAAAGUAAUGAUCGUUGGUACGAUUUUCCAGAUCGAACGGCUUAUAACAAGUUGAACAGACUAAGAAGCGGCCGCUCGUACCCAGAUCUACGGCAGGAAUCGUCCUGGGUUACCGGUGAUGAACGGUGGCGAUUCUAUGAUGAUACCUUUGUCAGUCAAAGAUCUGAUCAAUGGCUGCCCGAGUCUCAAGAAGUCAGAGAUAAUCGCACCGGGAGUACUAAGGAGGUUGAGGUGGACAAUUCGGCGAGUAUUACUCGUCAGAAGGAAGUUUCACUACCUCCAAGAACAUCUCCGCGGCCGGCGCCUGAACCGUUACCUCCACCCCCACUAGCUCCAGCUGUUGCUACACAGUCGUCCCAGCAGCAGCCACCACAAUCGAGCCAAGCUCUGCUGUCUAAGGCGGUGAGGAGGAAAGCAAAGAGGAGACAUACUGAAGAAGAUAAUGGAGGUGAAGGAGGAAGUAAGAACAUGGAUGCGGAAGUAAAGAAUGUGAUCUAUCGACCACAGCCAUCACCGGCUGCACCUCCAUCGCCACCGCCUCCUCCGCCGGUGUUUAGCACGAGUGGGAAGAAGAGAGGCAAGGAUUUACUGAUUUCACUUAGAAGAAGAAAGAAGAAGCAGAGACAAAAGAGUGUUGAGAAUCUUGAGAGUCUAUUCGAUCCUCAACCUCACAAUUUGUAUUCGCAACCACCACCAUCAGCGCCGCCACCUCCGCCGCCACCUCCACCAGCAUUCUUGCAAGGUCUAUUCUCUUCAAAGAAAGGUAAAGCCAAGAAAGUUCAUUCUGUCUCAGCAGCAUCACCUCCUCCUCCGCCACCUCCGCCGGCGCGUGUAUCAAGGAAUGUGUAUCAUUCGGCACAAUCGCUCGAAGCGAGCGCGUUGAGUCCUACGAAGGCCCAAAGCGCACAAGCCGCGGCCCAUAAGGCUCCAAAACCUGUGAAGACGAGCAUCUCUAAUUCUGCGGCAGACGAUAAUGUAGAUAGUGGAAAUGCAUCGCCAUUGAUUCCGAUUCCCCCGCCACCGCCUCCUCCGCCGUUCAAAAUGCCAGUGUGGAGGUAUGUGGUGGAAGGUGACUAUGUUAGACUAAAGAGCAUAUCACGCAGUGCGUCACCGGAGUUGGAAGAUCCAUCGGAUAAGGAGUCGAGUCCAUCUGCAAUGGACGGGACAUCGUCGCCGUUAUUCUGUCCAAGCCCGGACGUGAACACCAAAGCUGAUAACUUCAUUGCAAGGUUUAAAGAAACUCUCAGGCUAGAGAAGGCGAAAUCGAUCAAUGACAGAAGGAGGUCAAAUCUUGGCCCAGAAACAACUCAAGGCCCAGCAAAAGAAGGCCCAAGUUAGCCUUUUGAUUUAUUGAUUUUUUUUUUUGCUGUUUAACUUUAUGAGGAUAUGUUGAUUGUUGAGUUGUUUUCUUU